UCUCUUCAUUUUCCAUUAUUUUUGAUUCUCCAUAAAUCUUCUUCGUUAUUUAUUUAUUUGAAAUUUCUUCCUCCGUUUUCUCUCACUCUCUCUUCUUUUCUUUUCUCCAUUUUCAAUGGCAGCAAACGGCAAUAAUAUUUCUUGUUGAGGGUAUCUUUGUUGGGGGGAAUCUGAGGGAGAGAAAACAGACUUGGGGGACUGUAGAAAAAGAACAUAUAAAAGAUUGAAAAAAGCAGGAGACUCGCUGUGGAUUUCUGAUCAAAACGGCUCUUUUCUUCCUUUUCUUUCUUCCUCACCAUUUUUGGCCGUCUGGGUUUUGCUCAGAAUCUUCUCUGCUUCACCCGGUCUGGUCUUUUUUAGGUUUUGUAACAUCUCUAUAAACAUGUCUCAGCAGAGACACAACAAGAUCAUGGCGAACGAGACAAAUACUGCCGGCGACACGACCUUCACGAAGAUCUUUGUCGGAGGCUUGGCUUGGGAGACUAAAAGAGACGCCGUCAGAGGUUACUUCGAGCAGUUCGGAGAGAUCGUUGAAGCUGUUGUCAUCCAUGAUAAGAACACCGGAAGAUCAAAAGGAUACGGCUUUGUGACAUUUAAGGAUGCUGAUUCGGCUUUAAGGGCUUGUCAGAAUCCUUACCCGGUGAUUGAUGGGAGAAGAGCUAAUUGUAAUAUUGCAUCUCUGGGUGCUCAAAAGAAUCGCCCUCAACAGGGAAUGGGGAAAUUUGGACCACCUGCAGCCAGAUCCAUGGCACCAUCAACCUUAUAUUUCCGCCAGCCAACACCUCCAUAUGCAUUACCUUACACGGCUUAUGGGUAUCCUGGUUACCCACAAGACAUGUAUGCAAUGGACCAUUACAAUAUAUAUGGAGGGCAACAGCUCGGAACCUAUCCCAGAACUGGCUCUCCUGGGUUCUACUUGAAUUACUACUAUCCUUUAUAUGCACAGACACAGGCUACUUCUGGACCAACCAUGCACCCCAGAAUGAUUCAGUACCCUUAUUUUUCUAGAGCUUUAGGACUCAUGCCUCUCCCUCCUACACCUACUCAGUCACUCGCAACCAUUGGAGCAUCAGCUGGAGAGGUAUUGGGAGGAGGAAGCAGAGGAGAGCCAGCAGUGACAACUGAUCAGAAGAGCUCACAGACUUGAGCAAAACCUAAUCAGAAUCAGAAUUAUACACAUGUAUGCCCAGUUAACUACAUGAAAAAAUGAGGUUCUUACGAACAGCAGCAGCACAUGUAAAGGAUUACCACACACAUUGCUACCGGGUACAGAGGAUGGAAAGGAACAGAAGAGAGUAGAACGACUGUGUAUUGGUAGGUAAGUAUGAUGACCCAGACAGAAUAAUUAGAACGUUGGAUGAAGAGAAUAAAAAAAAAAGAACACAUUAUAAUUCCAUUGUAAUCUAGCAAAAACAUGUUUCUGUUUC